AAAAAAAACAAAAAACAAAAAAACAAAAAAAACCAAAAGAAGAAGUCAAAUAUACUAAGUUCCCAAUAGAUCAAUUUUAGUUUCAGUUCUUUCUUUACAGUUGACUAAACUAUUUCAGUGCCAAUUCUUCUUUUGGUGUUGAACAACAAGACAAUUUAUUGCCUAUAUUUUAUUGGGUAUUCUCCAAGUUUUGAUGUUGACUUCUGUUGUCGUUUGUUAUACUUUUUAGUUGGUGUAGUUGUUCUUCAAUCUGCUAAGUCAGCCAAAGUUGAGUUCUUAAUUGCAUAUUUUGAGGCAUAAAAAGUGUUCAUGGCUCAACCUGAAUAUGCUCAAACAUCAUCAUUUAGAGCCUCAAGCCAUGUUCAGGGUCAACAAGCUGUGCCAUUCCAGACCAACAAGGUUUCCCUUAAGGUUUUUCUGUUACAUGGGAACUUAGAUAUCUGGGUCAGGGAGGCCAAAAACCUUCCUAACUUGGAUACGUUACAUAGCAGAUUAAGAGAAAAGUUUGCCGAAUUGAAGGUGAAGGUUCGCAGCAAAAUUGAGGGGCAUUUGUGUGAUAAUAACAGAACUAGCGAUCCAUAUGUCACAGUAUCAGUAUCAGGCGCUGUAAUUGGGAGGACUUUUGUGAUUAGUAAUAAUGAGAACCCUGCUUGGAUGCAGCAUUUUAAUGUUCCUGUUGCACAUUAUGCUGCAGAAGUGCAUUUUGUCGUCAAAGACAGUUAUGUUGUUGGCUCAGAGACUAUGGGUGCUGUGAGAAUUCCAGUGAAGCUAUUAUGCUCUGGAAUGAAAGUUGAGGGGACCUUCCCAAUCCUUGAUGACAGUGGGAAGCCUUGUAAGGCUGGAGCUGUCUUGAGUUUAUCAAUUCAGUACACCGCAGUUGAUAAAAUGAACAUUUAUCAUGGAGUAGAUUCAGGUCCUGAUUGCCAAGGGGUCCCAGGUACCUACUUUCCACUUAGGAAAGGUGGAAAAGUGACACUAUAUCAAGAUGCACAUGUUCAUGAUGGUUGCCUUCCCAAUUUGAAGCUCGAUGGUGAUGUUCAAUAUGAGCAUAGGAGUUGUUGGAAUGACAUCUUUGAAGCAAUAACUCGAGCCCGUCAUUUGAUAUACAUUGCAGGGUGGUCGGUGUACCACACAGUUAGACUGAUUCGAGAUGUUAAUAAAGCAAUAGAUUGCAUGCUGGGGGAUCUUCUGAAAACCAAGUCAAAAGAAGGUGUAAGAGUGCUGCUCCUUGUAUGGGAUGAUCCUACUUCUAAGAGCUUUUUGGGACAUAAAAGAGAGGGCAUCAUGCAUACUAAUGAUGAGGAGACUCGCCAUUUUUUCAAGCACUCUUCGGUGAAAGUGCUACUCUGCCCCCGAUCAGCUGGAAAAGGACGUAGCUUGGUCAAAAAGAAGGAAGCUGGAAUAAUCUAUAGUCAUCAUCAGAAAACAGUGAUUGUGGAUACUGAUGCAGGUCACUGUAAAAGAAAGAUCAUGGCAUUUGUUGGAGGUCUUGAUUUAUGCAAGGGCCGAUAUGAUACUCCAACACAUCCUCUUUUUAGGACUUUACAAACAGUGCACAAAGAUGACUAUCGUAACACCAACUUCACGGAGCCUUCUGUUGGCUGUCCAAGACAACCGUGGCAUGAUUUGCAUUGUUGUAUUGAUGGUCCAGCUGCAUAUGACAUCCUCACCAAUUUUGAGGAGCGCUGGUUGAAGGAAUCAAAACCUCGUGGGCUUCGAAAGCUAAUAGGAUCAUCAUAUGAUGAUGCUCUUCUUAUGCUUGAAAGUAUUUCUGACAUCAUCAGGAAGGAAGAGUUUCCUUCCCAAAGUCAGAAUGAUCCAGAGGGUUGGCAUGUACAGGUUUUUCGCUCAAUUGAUUCCAAUUCUGUGAAAGGAUUUCCUGAGGACCCAAAAUAUGCUACUAGCAGGAACCUUUUAUGUGGGAAGAAUGUACUGAUUGACAUGAGCAUACAUACAGCAUAUGUGAAGGCAAUCCGUGCUGCCCAAAAAUUCAUAUAUAUUGAGAACCAAUACUUCCUUGGGUCAUCAUACAAUUGGGAUUCUCACAAAAACUUAGGUGCUAACAAUUUGAUACCAAUUGAAAUUGCUCUCAAAAUUGUUAACAAAAUAAAAGCGAAUCAGAGGUUCUCUGCAUAUAUCAUUAUCCCAAUGUGGCCAGAAGCUGCAAGCAUUGUCAGGCAGCAGAUUCUCUAUUGGCAGCAUAAAACAAUGCAAAUGAUGUAUGAAAUGAUUUAUAAUGCUUUAAAGGAGGUUGGACUUGAGACCAAGUAUGAGCCACAAGACUAUUUGAAUUUCUUUUGCCUGGGCAAUCGUGAGGCACCAGAUAGGGAAGAAAGUUUAGAUGCAGAAGAUUCCACUGCAGUAAUGACUCCUCAAGUACUUCCCUUAGCUACCCGAGCACUUGCUCAGAGGAGUAGGCGUUUUAUGGUUUAUGUUCACUCCAAAGGUAUGAUAGUGGAUGAUGAGUAUGUGAUAUUGGGAUCUGCAAAUAUCAAUCAACGGUCCAUGGAAGGAAUCAGAGACACUGAGAUAGCAAUGGGUGCAUAUCAGCCUUAUCAUACCUGGGCAAGCAAAGAUUCUAGUCCACAUGGACAGAUAUAUGGAUAUAGAAUGUCAUUAUGGGCAGAGCACAUUGGAGCUCUCGAAGAAUGUUUCAAGCAACCGGAGAGCCUCGAAUGUGCGAGGCAGGUAAGGUCCUUGAGCGAGCUCAACUGGAGACAAUAUGCAGCUGAUGAGGUAACAGAAAUGAAGGGUCACCUAUUAAAGUAUCCAGUCGAAGUUGAUAGAACAGGCAAGGUGAAGCCACUUCCUGACUGUGUAACAUUCCCAGACAUAGGAGGUACUGUAACUGGGAGUGGGACAUUUGCAUACAUUCAUGAAAAUCUCACUAUCUGAUAUAGUUGAAGAUACCCAAUCCCAGAAUGGCUGUCAAUUUAGUCCAAUAUAAGAGCAUCUCCAAUAGAUGUUGUAUCGGGGUUUUUUGGAGAAUCUAUGCUACUGUUCACGCUCCAACAGGUUCAGUAUACACAAAACUUUUCUAAAUUUUUUUUGAAGUUGCUACAGUACUUGAAGUACUGUAGCAACUUCAAAUCAAUUUUUUUGCUUAAAAAAUUAUCCCAGCUAUUAUUAUAUCAAUUCUUUCUCUCU